AGAGGAAGAGUUCUCGCCCAAUCGGCGCUCACUUACCGUCAAUUUUUCUUCUGUGGAAUAGAAACAGAAAAGAAGAUUUUAAGAAAGAAAAGAAAUGCUGCGCCGUCUCUCAAACCGCUCCACGUCCUUCGUGACCGGCGCCGCCGUGCAGUCGCGCCACACCACCAUUCUCUCCGUCCGCAAAGGCAACAAGGUGAUUCUCAUUGGUGACCGCCAGGUGACGCUGGGGGAGCGCAUUGUGGCCAAGAGCAGCGCCUGCAAGCUGCGCAAGCUGAGCGACAACGUCGUCAUCGGCUUUGCCGGCAGCACGGCGGACGCCUUCGCGCUCAUGGAGAAGUUAGAGAACAAACUCAACGACUUUCCGGGUCAGCUUUCCCGUGCGGCGGUUGAACUGGCGAAGGACUGGCGUACCGACCGCGCGCUGCGUCGUCUGGAGGCGUCGCUUAUCGUGUGCAGCAAGGAGGAGACGCUUGAGAUCGAUGGGCAGGGCAACGUUAUCACACCCGAGGAGGACGGCAUCAUCGCCAUCGGCUCCGGCGGCACGUACGCGAAGGCAGCUGCGCGUGCGCUGAUUGAUAUCGAGGACUACGACGCGGAACGUAUUGCGCGCAAGGCGAUGAAGAUCGCGACGGAUAUCGACGUCUUCAGCAACAGCAACUGGGACGUGGAGAUGCUAACGCGCGACGAGGACGUCGUGAAAAAGGAGGAAGACGCGAAGACGUCCUCUCAGACAGCGACAGAGGAGAAGAAGGAGUAG